AUGAGUCCUAUGAACGGGUUACGCACUCUAAAUCAGCCGCUUUGUUUUGGGUUUUUUGUUUUUAUCUUUUGCUUCAAACCAUUUGGCUUUGAUGUCCUGUCUCUUUCCUUUCCACUUCUUUCCUACUUUUUGUAUUUUCAUGUCAUGACCCGAACCACACCCGGGUGGUUUAUCCUUAUGGCCUGCCUAAGCCAAGUCAUUGCCGAUCCUUUUGUCAUGCCUGUCAUCAACGAUGAUUCACUUGGAUUUCUCGGCCUAGCAGGAGACCUCGCCGGCCUGUCUGUCUUUAAAGACACUCGUCAAAAAGAAUACACCGCUCCUGGACUACAUUCUAUCAUAUCUUAUCAGAACCAAAUUUAUGCAUGGCUUGCUUCAGCCAACGGACCCAUCACCGCCACCUGUUUUCUACCUCCCAAUAGUCUCUAUCUUGCCGGUCAGUUUACAGCUAUAAACAAUACCGAAUCAAGAUCCAUCGUUCACUUCGACACUGGUCUGCAAGUCCUGUCAAAUUUAGGACAAGGUGUGGAUGGAGUUGUGCACGCGUUGCACUGUGAUCCCGCCGAAAAUCUUGUCUAUGUAGGAGGUGAAUUUAAAUCUCCUCUUACAAGCAUUGGUGCAACAACUGCUGGUGGUGGUGCAAAUGUGGCCAUCUGGCAAACAAACCAACAGGUCUGGAUGAACGUUCCAUGGAAAGGGUUUAAUGGACCGGUGUAUGCCAUAGAGCCUUUUGUGAAGAGAAACAGUAUUCUAUUCGGCGGCCGAUUUGAUGCCACAGUUGACGGUCAGCUUUAUAAUCCGCAGGCGCUUGUUUACAGUGUUUAUCCUACGGCCAUAAGGGGUGGCAAUAGCGCUCUUUCUGAAAAUUAUAGUGAUCCAAGUAGUGUCUCCUGUCAAAGCAAGUCUUAUGGAAAACCCUGGCUACUUCAAGGAGGUGUACCUGGCUAUUGGGAGGCCGACUUCGGUCAUUCGGUAUCACCUACUGUCAUCCGGAUAUCUAAUACACACAUCAAUGGAAGGGGUACUCGCUUAUUCAGUGUACUUGCUCUAGGAUCCAAUACAUAUUUUGAAUUAUCGACAAUUGACCCAAUCACGCACACAAAUACGACAUGCACCACAUCAUGCAUUCUCUCAAACGACACCACAAUUCCCUUUCAAGACUUUACUGUUCUCACACCAAAAGUUGUCAGUGCCGUCCGAAUAAACAUUGAUGGCUGGUAUGGUGCAGGCGGUGGACUCAGCAGUGUUGAGAUAUUCCAAACAGAUAUUGCAAUCUAUCCUUCUCUUGGAAACACCAACACUUCUGCAUGCAACUCAGGACUUGCUAGCUCUACUUUAAUUACUGGAGUGUGGAAAGAAGUUUAUGUGUUUGGAUACUAUCAAAACGUCUUGACUUCAACUUUCCCUACCUCAUCUGGCACUACCAAUGUCUCUGUUACCUAUGCUCCAAACAUACCUGUACAAGGUUAUUAUGUAGUGUCUAUGCACACUCCUGGCUGCAUUGGAAGCAGUUCAUGUGGCCAGCGCACACAAGUUGACCUUGUUCUUCAACUGACACCUCAGAACACAUCCACUAUCACGAUUGACCAGACUAAUACUGAAGACAAAACAACAAUUAUUUACUCGGGUCAAAUGGUUGCAUCUGGCCCUUCCUUCCAACCCACGAUCCUUUUGAAACUUUCUGGCUCAGCGACCCCAGCAAAGGACUCGACAACUAGUAUUGUAGCCGACUCAAUAUCCUUUAUAAUGAAUGCAACUGCUCCAAACCUAGUUAGCAUCCUUGAGUACAGCCCUGGAAAUCAUACUGCAAACAUCACUGCUUGGCAACCUCUUUCUCAGCAAUUAACCAUAGGAUCAACUGUCCGAACCAUAGACGCCACAAGCGAAAAAGUCUGGAUUGGCGGGUCUUUUCUGGGUCCCAAUGGUACACAAAACAUUGCAGUAUAUGAUACUUUAUUUGGCACAAUGUUGCCAUUGGCGCAAAACGGUCUUAACGGAAACGUAUCUACAGUAUUGAAGGUUGACUCUGAGUUACUUGUGGGUGGAUAUUUCAAUGGCACUGUAGCAGGACUUGGGCUGUCUCAUCUUGCACGCUUUGAUACAAGCCACCAGACCUGGUUAUCAUUUGAUGGGGGAGUCGAUGGACCUGUAGAGUAUAUCUUGGUUUCUGACAACUCUUCCGUUUUGGUUUCCGGUGCUUUUAAUAAUCUAAUUGGUGUGGGUACCAACAACAGCUCACUCCAGCGUUCGGUGGGUAAUGCGAUGUGGAAUACAGUAAGCCACGAGUGGAUGCAGAGCACCUCUCUAGUUGUUGGACAGGUUUCUGCUAUUUAUAAUCUAGACAAAAGCAGUUUGUGGAUAGGUGAUCUGAGAUCUGCUCAGACACAUCGUACGGAUUCUGCUGCUCUAGGAAACAGUCUUGCAGUCUAUCCACUAGUCGAUCCUCACUCGUCUUACAACGCCCGCGCGGGUGCAGUAUGGUUUACAGACCAAAACCGAAAUCAAAAUCAAAAUCAAAAUCAAACCAACCUCAACAUUAACCUCAACAUCAACAGCACGCCUUUCAUUUUACUGGCCGGACAAUCUACGGGACCAAACAAUAGCUCUGAAAUAGUUGUCUACAAUGGAACCGCAUGGACAAGUCUUUUUUCUGUGUCAGGAAACAUCAUUUCAAUGGUGGUGUUUAAAGAUAAUCUCUAUUUUGGAGGAAACUUUAACAAUGAAAAUAAUCAGACCAGCUUCUCCGUUUAUGAUCUCAAGAAUAAUACUUUUGUCGAUGUGGGUGGGAUUUACAAUGCGGAUGGAUCUCCGGGAUUAGUAGAGACCCUUUAUCUUCACCCAAAUGGAGAAUCUAUAAUUGUAGGAGGCGACUUUAUCAAAGCCGGGUCCCUGGAUUGUGGACCGGUUUGUUCGUUUAAUAUUUCAAAUCACAAGUGGGAUAUAUCCGGAAAUGGCCUUAAAGGGCAUGCCUAUCAAUUGACUAGCUCAACUGAAGGAAUUGUAGUCGCUGGCGAUCUGACAGUCGGAAAUCAGCCAACACUGGUAGCCCAACUCCCAACCGACACAACAGAAUGGAAAUCAGAUCUAUUGGCAUCAAUUGCUCCAUCAUAUAUACCCACCACCCUUGAUUGGUUAUCUAAUGUGUGUACUUUACUUUACAGGAGCGAUACUAUGUCUGCCUUUAUAGGUUCCUGGAAUGGUCACAACUAUACAGAUAUUGGUUCUUUACUGGGCAAUUUAAGUGAUAUUCACCAACUGCUUUAUGUUCCAAUCGCAUCUUCACCGCAUGAGGCACGCUAUCCUGCUGGCACAAAAAACAUGCUCAUGGCAGUUGGAAAUCUUGUAAUUGAUCCAUUUGGUAACUCUAGUGCAGCAUUUUAUGAUGGUGUCUCUUGGUACCCCUAUAUUCUCUCUGCACGUUUGGAUGGCCGUCCAGGAACUAUCAAUCAAUUGUUUUCUAACGUUUCCUGCUGCAAUAUUACCGAAAGCACUCAAGAUCACUAUCUAUCUACUCCUGCAGUAAUUCUCGUUUCUAUUGCUGCCUCUCUUGGUCUUGUAUUUUUGAUCGUCGCCUUUGGACUCUUGUUCCUAGCUUGGAAGCGGCGGCGUGGUAAUAGAGAUGAGCCUGAGCCUAUGCCACCCUGGAUUCCAUCCAACGAAACCACCAUUCUUCCAGUACCUUUAUCAACCUCAGCAACCUCAGCACUUCCAGCGUCCUCAACACCUCGAACAGCUCCGAUUCCUCCCGUUCCGCCGAUGCCCAUGUCUGAACAAACCGGCCAAGCUGGUCCUAGUAAUCUUUCCAGAGCUGGUUUCCAAAAUGUUGGGUUCGGAUCUCUUAUGGCUGCUGCAAUGGCCACCUCGCCAGAAAUACAGGCUGCAACCGAGAAUACACCAAAACUUUUUUAUGCAAGACACUCGUUUGUGGCCAAAGAGAACGGAGAAUUGAGCUUUAGUGUAGGCGACCCUGUCGUAGUUGUAGACACAGCGGAUAACAUAUGGUGGAUGGGUUACAAAGAUGAUGGUUCAAACCAUCCUAUUCCUGGAAUAUUCCCGAGCAAUUAUGUUGUUCCGUCGAGACCAAUCUCGUGAGAGACGUAUUAAGAAAAACAAACCAAUAGUCAAAACAAAAAAGUCCUCACUGUACAAACAAAUGCAUUAAUAUAUACUUCUUUCGUUCCUUCUUUUAAAGUUUACCUUGUUAUUCAUAGGCUUAUUACAACAACAACAACACACAUAAUGUUUGAUAUCAAUUCUGUUUUAUAUUAAAGCUAAUACAUCUAUUUAAUCUACUUCUAAUCAAUGAAAGCAAAAUAUACAUGCUUUAUAUCUAUAUUUUUCUAAUAGUAAAUUAUAAUAAAAUAAAGGCUUUAUAUUACUAAAA